CGCCACCACUGAACCAAACAACAACGAUGAUGGUGAACGCUUCCUCCUCUUCAACCACAACAAAACAAAAGCCGCAGCCACUGACGCGGCGGCGGUCGUCAAGAAAGCCGAAGCCGCACCGCUUGCCACAUACGGCAGCAAGCCUCUUCUAUGGCACACAGCCAGACCAGAUUGUGCGCUGCAGGCGCAAGCUCCAUCGGAUCCAUGCAGAACCAAACAUCUUCUUUGUGGAGGACUUCUUGACCAGGCACGAGGUGGAGCAUUUGUCGUCGUUUGUCAAGGGCAUGCGGCUGCAACGAUCGUUCACAGAGUCGGAGCUUGGAUCGCAAGUCAUCUCCCAGGAACGUACCUCCACCUUCAUGUGGCUGUCCAAGGGCGAAGACGAGAUUAUUCGACGCAUCGAGCGGCGUGCUGCGGAGAUGACUGGCCUCACGCAGUCCUGCAUUGAACCGUUCCAAAUUGUCUCCUACAAACACGGACAGCAGUUCAAACUGCACCACGAUGCAGGCACGCUCUUGAUGGGAAAUGAGCAGGAUGACGAUCUAUGUGUUGACGACGACUGUCGUGAUGGUGAUGCUGAUGGUGAUGGUGAUGGUGAUGGUGACGAUGACGACAGCACCCUUGAAGCGACGCAGGAAGUGAAGACAGACGAAGAUGAUGCAGACGAAGAAGGAGAAGAAGCAGUAGCGUGUGAUCGUGAUGGAGAUAGCGUUGAUGGUGGCCGUGGCAGAGGACAAAGUAAUGAUGGUGAUGGUGGUAGCAGUGGCACCAGACGGUUGCGGUCGUCAUCGGUGUGGCCUUCCAUCGCGGCCCAUCAAGCACGCGAAUCGCCGUCAGCUGCAUCACACACGAACACAUCGCCAUCAUCCACGUCAUUGCUCAGUUCACCAUUGCGACGUGCUGCUGAUGGCAACAGAAAUCACAGCAGCAACCACACCAACGACGACAGCACCAACCACACCAACAACGACAGCACCAACCACACCAACAACGACAGCACCAACCACACCAACAACGACAGCACCAGCAACGGCCUGGUGCCCACUGGUGCGCGUGUGGAAGUGCAGCCGCCACGACGCCUCGCCACUUUCUUUGUCUAUCUCAACUCGCUGCCGCAUGGGCAGGGCCACACGGAGUUUCCCUGGCUGGAAGGAACGCCCUCUGUCCAGCCCAGGAGCGGCUGCGCAGUCCUCUUUCCCAAUGUGGAAAGGGGCGGACACGUGGACAUUCGCACCGUCCACCGCGCCAUGCCCGUCACAGGCGACCACCGCAAGCUCGGCCUGAACGUGUGGCUCACGGACGUGGAGUUCCCUGUUGUUGGCGAUGGCAGCACAAGGAGAAGAAGGAAGGGCAAGGGGAAGCAAGCGAGCACCACGAAGGCGAAGGCGAAGGCGAAGAAGAGUAGUCAAGUUGACAGCAGCAGCAGCAGCACGCAGGGCAGUGAUGCUGACGGCGGUGGUGAUGGUGGUGGUGAUGGUGAAGGAACGCAAGAGAGGAAGAAGGCAAAGAAGGGCGAGAAGAGGGGUUGAGAUGCAAGGCAGAGGACGAUAACAGAAUGUACGGUGGUUGUCCCACAUGCACAUGUGCAAACGCCCUUAACAGCACACUGACGUGAAGUGCACACCUGAUGUGACAUUUGUAACGCAACCUAAUGUACAGGACAGUACAUACGUUGGUGUUGAUGGAUUACAAACGCGCUUCCC